AUGGUGCCUGAGGUGAUGAGCGCGAAGACUGUGCGUCGGGCUGUUUUUGAAGGAGGAAUUGCAGCAGAGAUUCAGCUUGGGUAUGAGAUAUCGCAGGCAAAGAGCUUUACUCUCAGUGGUGAUGGAACAUCUCACCGGCAUACCAACUACGAGUCACGACAUAUUGCUUUGCAAACUCCAACAUACACUGACUCCAUCGGCAGCACUUCUACUACUGCGCCAAAAAAUCGCCUAGUUGGUGUCGACUCAUCGGUAGACCACACCAGUGAAAAUCAAUUUGCAGGAUGGCUUACCAAGUUUGAUGGACUCUCCACAACAUUCAAUAGGUCAUCACUUGCAAGACGCACUGAAUCAACUCUUGAGCUCGAGGACUUUGCUGUGAAGGCAAAAGGGAUGGCAGGAGAUCAUGCGACUGAUCAGAAAAAACAAUACCGCAUAUUCAAAGCAUGGAAGGAUGACACCAUUCGGAUGAUGCUUGCCCACAAAUUCUUAGAGAAGCAACCAUCACAGACACUCAGCGACUUCCUUGCCCGAUCAAUGGACCUUACAGUGAUGGCAGCAGGUGGCGAAGCAAAGUGGAAUGAGCUCUCACACGAUGAACAAGUUUCACUCAAUCUGGCCAAAAUGAAAGAGGAGUACUUGCAACUAGGAGAGAAGAGGUUUGGAAACUUGCCUGCGGAAGAGAAACGGGGAUUCGAGCUGUUUCUCUGGCUGGGUUGCUGUAUGCAUAAGGACCUGAACAGCGUAAAAGGCGGGAACAUAACAAUGUCUGGAGUAUGGCAAAAAAAUGGCCUGACUCCUCCAAUGUUGUUGGCAAACAAAGACAAUGCCGCGACCUUGCGAGGAAUCUCUCAGCCAUCGACAAGUGCUGAAAUUCGUGCUAUGGAUGUGUCAGCUCAUGGCGGUGUCAAACUUGCCAGUCUUGCAGGUGCAAUUUUCAACCAUAAGGACAACAAGAAAGGACAACAAGAUACUCAAUUGUACUACUUCCGGCAAAUUGUAGGGCACACAACAAUUUUCCCCGAUACCAGCAAUACUCGCUACCAGACAUAUUGUGCUGCUGCAGAAGAACUUCUCGUACACCGCCUAGAAUAUGUUCACUUUCUCAAGGUCAUUCGUGAUAAGAAGGACAAGCCUGGAUUCAAUCAUAUGGAGCAGAAUGUCUAUGAUGGACUCCAUGACAUUCCUACCCUGACAGAACUGGCAGUAUUGGCCUUAUAUUCACAGGCAGUCACUCGCCCAUACAUGCGAGUUGCUCGCAUUCGUCAAAAUGGCUUGAAACUCGGACCUUUGCAUGCUCAACUCAAGAUGUUUGUCAAGCUACUCAUUGAUGAUCCCGAGUUAGUCCUAUCCUCAGAAGCAACAUUUCAUUCUGGGGCUAUGGAUCAGAAAGAAUGGGACCGCCCAGAGGCUGUUGCAGCUGUGCAUGAGCUGUCUUCACAGUUGCCAUAUCUCAAGGUUGCAUUUGUUGCAUUCUUGGAAGGUGCUUUGAUAACUUGGGAGAGAUUCACAGAGGAGUUCACACCAGGUGGUGCCAUUGAUCAGGCAACUUCAGAGGAAUUAGACGAGGCAUGGAUGUUCUCAACAAAUGAUGACAACGAAGGUGCACUUGGUGGGCUUCGUUUGUGGAAACGCAGAAAUCCAAAUGGCACACAAGCAUAUUUCAAUGCACAGAAGAAACACGACCACAAUGAUACAGCAAAUUUUAUGACCGCAAUGCUCACAGAAGAAGAUCAUCAGCAUAUUCGGAGGGAAGCACGGAUUCUUGAUGAAAGCAAGCAUGAGGCUAUCUGUCGCAAACAGCAAGUAGACCACGACAUUCAAGUGGCAGCAGCAACAGCUCAACAAUGUGAAGAGAAGGAGAAGAAGCACAAGGCCAAAAUAGCCACCAUUAAAGCAACUCCUCUGAUUUUUGCGGACACUGAACUUGAAAAGCUCAAGAAGACUCAGCUCGAGGCACAGCUUGCAGUGUACCGGCUCAAUGACCCAGAGGUUCCACUCAAAAGUAAAGUUGGCCUGGAAGCUCGUGUAUCAGACUUCUCUAGGCAGCACGAUAUUACUUCUGAGACUCUCUCAUCUGCUGGUCAUACACCUCGCGGGCAUCUCGCAGACUCGCCGUACGAAGAACACAGGCCUUCGCCGUCUCAGUUCGACCGCAUCAGCCGUCUGGUCUCUCGUAGCCCUAGUGGCUCAUCUUCUGUGUCUCUCCACCGAUCUAACUCGAAGGGCAGCAAGUCCGACAAGGGCAAGGAAGAUGUCGACAAACGGAGGAGCCAGUUCGCUGACAUCCCGCUUUUGGAGAUGCAGCUGAUACCGUCCCUCCGGGAUACUGUGGACAGAAUGACGCAUCCACCAAAACCUGUAGUUAGGGAUGCCGAAGACAGAGAGGGAUGGUCUAAGGAGGCAAACGCGUCGGGCGUCCUGAGGAAACCGCGACAACCUGCUCCUGGACGCUCUCCUUCUGUUCCGCCGAAAUAUCUGUCCCCAUCCCAAACGCCAUCUUUUACAUCCACUAGCACAUUCUCUACUCUGGGUCGUGCUGCGAUGUCUCCUUCUCGUACUGUCUCGCCCAGAUUAGCAUCGGCAUCAUCACCCAAUCCCACUGGCACCCCAAGAGCAACGCUCAGUGUCGAGGAAGCUUCUCAGCCUAUUCUUAGAUCGGCUUUGCGUACAAAUCAAUCUUCUACUGCUACAUCCUCCUCCAGUGCAAUAGUUCAGUCUCGCAGGAAAUCAUUGCGCACAGUCAAACCCAUGGUCUCUAAAUCGCCCAAUACAUUCGUAACCAGAGAUUUUGACCAGCCGCCAACUACGUCGACGAUCUCUAAGGCUGGCUCUCGCCCCCGUACUGGAGAAGAAGCGUUACCGCAAGACCGCUCGAAGAGUCUAUUACCUGUGCCAAAGUCUAAGGCCAAGUCUAACCCGAACACACCUCAAGAUACAAAGAAGUUCCCAAGCUUUGCGACCCCCCAAAGCACCAAUGUCACAACAUUUUCACCCCGACUUUCGCCUCUUCCGCCGUCCAACCUGCCUAGACCUGCGUUCUCGUCUGCUUCUGCAAAUGAUAGCGGCUCAGAUCUUGAGAGACGACUAGGACCGAUCCGCGCUUCUAAAGUGGCUGUGUCGACUACGAACGCCAUCCCGAGCUCGUCGGAAAGCGAGAGCGAUGGUGAAGCAGCCAAGACGAUGAACCCGGUUCGAUCACCCAUUUCCAACUGGAAAUCUGGGAUCCUUGCACGUGAUAGAUGGCGACCGUCUUCACCAUCCCAUUGGCAAGGUCAACAUCCUCGCCCUAGCGCUGUCCACGAACGCUCCCCCAUAGGACUCGGGCUACAGCUUAGUUCUCAGAUUCAGGCAGCCCAGGGCAGUGUCGCCGUUGAGUCCGAAGCCGAGGAUGGUGCCAGUGUAUACGAAGAUAGCGAUGCUACUCAAGGUCCCAGGCGCGACGCUCUUGAACAGUAUGGAGACGAAGAUGCAAGCGUGUAUGACGACGAUGCCGCUGGCAAUGACGCUCACGCUUCUCCUGAAGACUUCCACAGUACUCCUGUCCAGGAAUAUGCCGACAGCAGAGACGAAGCCCUCACGAGGAAACAAGCAGCGCUCGUGGGGAUUGUCGAUAACCUACGUGUGGACUAUCGGACGCAUACCUCAUACGGCAGGAACUCGAUACGUAACUCAGGCUUGAGCAACUAUGCGUACGCGGAAGGGUUGGCUAUCACUAUCUCUGAUGAUUCCUCGGUUAGGGCGGUCCAGACGUUACCAGUGGCCAAGAGACAGAGGACGCAGCAAGCUGCUCAACAGAAGUGGGCUAUACCUUCUUCAUCACCUCCUGUCGUGCCGCGUAAGCCCUCUUCGCGUUCCAGGCAGUCUCGCUACCUUCCCCAAUCUGCAUCACCGUCUGAGGAGAUACGACAGUAUACCACUGGCUCAAGGAGUAUCUCGCAAAAUUCUACAACCCGGCGUUCCAGGCACGAAGGCGCAUUCGUACCCACAGAUGACCCCAAGGCGAACUGGCACGGACAAGACGAGCAUGUCUCUUGGAUAGGCGAUGAGGGGUUGGUUAAUACUGCGGACGGCGAGGUAGAUAUGCUGACAGACAGGGAAGACGUGGCCGAACGGGAGCGAGCUGCCUUUGGUAUACCUGCGUCCCUGUCAUAUGGCGCUAACUCCUCGUCACAAGGCUCGCCUUCGGAACGAGAAGUUCAAACGCUCCAAUGUCGCAAUGUGACAAAUGGUCGUGCGUCCACGUCAAGCGGAGAUGACAGUUGGAAGGUACGGUAUCGGGAGGACGAGCUAAGCAGAGGGGCCGAAGCGUUAUUCGAGAGAUUGACGGUUCACGACAAUGGCCGCAGCAACUAUCAUGGUGAUAUGAUGACUACCCCACAGGCGCCAGUGCAGGAGACCCCACAUUCUCGGACAGACUUGCGUUCUGGUGACGACCGUGUACGGUCAAACUCGGUCGACUUAAUCUCGAUUACUGUAACCUCAAGUGCACCGUCUAUCUACGAAGAGGGGCCGUCAGAGGAUCAAGCUAGUCUUCCCGCACCAACUGCAACAUCAUGGCGGUCAAUGCUUCAACCAUCCACUUACGAUAGUCUGGCCGCAUACUACGGGCCGACCGAAAUGCGACGGCAGCAGCUCGUUUAUGAAUUGUUUACGACGGAACAAGACUUCGUCAAACACAUGCGCACCGUCAUUCCUUCAUUUAUCCUACCUCUGCGACGUCGCGACAGUCGGGCCUGGCUGGAUGGUGUUCCCGAGAAGGUCGCGAAGCUAUUCGACUGGCUAGAAGAUAUCGUCAACUUUCACUCCGGCAUUUCCCGCGCACUCAGGAAUGCUACCAACCUAUGGGCAUCUGGCGCAAUCGUAGAGCGGGUAGCAGAACCUCUGCGGAAACAUAUGUCGGGCUUGGAGGUAUACCAACCGUACUUAAUGCGGGUGGAUGAAGUGAGGGAGAUGGUGGCGGAUUGUGUGCGCGACAGUGGGAACGUCUUUGGCGAGUACGUCCAGAUGUGGGAGCGGGAAGGUGCGCAUGAAGGCACAACGUUGCAACACCUUCUGGAAAGGCCCAUCAACAGGGUGCUGGUCUACCCUGAAACCUUCCAGCGACUCUUAGAGCUCACACCGCGGCGACAUCCAGACCAUUUCUGUACGCUGUCUCUUCUGUGUUUGACAAAAACCAUGAUCCACGUCCUAGACGAGGUACGAAUCCGCGAAGAAGAGUAUGAGUUCGUCAAGGACAUGGCUUCUCGACUUGAGGGUCUGGGUUCACCCGCCGCUCUUGCGCGACGGGAACGGAGACUACUGCACCAUGGCGAACUCCAUUGGGUCCUCUCGAGAGACGUCCUCAACCAUGAAAUUAAUUCCCUCAAGCUACCAUCGAAGGACGGUGCAGGCCGAUUGGCAUUGCCUAAUGAAAAGACACCCGAUGGAUCGCAGCGGACAUCUAGACUCGCGUCCGCCAUUCACAACUGGCACGUCCGGCAAGGGUCUGUCGGCUCGACUGCAUCUUCCACAUCGUCUUUGCGGUCGUAUGGCACCGUGUCUGACGCGUCCAUCGCGAUUGCCUCUGUUGCAGGUGACUCACAUCGCACACUGCAUGCCCUGAGGUCGCCUGUGGGUGGCGAGAUUCCAUCUGGACAAAGACGCAAAGAGCGGCAGGAUAAGUUGCCUAACGUCUUACCGGUACAAGCAUUUAUCUUCGCAGAUCUUCUCCUUCUAGCUACACAUGCAACGGCCCAGAGUGUUCGCACCCCAUCUGAUCGUGCCGAGAACAAAUGGCGCUUACUCGAUGAUACAGGAAUAGCGAGGGUAGUAUCUAUCACUAUGGAGCAUGAAGACGGCGGACAUGGCCGCGUUGUGAUCCUUGACCUUUUCCCCAUGGGCAUCGAUCAGAUCAACAGCGGUGGCAUCCCUCAUUCUAACCAGCCAGUCGAGAUGCGUCUCAUAAUUCCACCGUCCACGGAAGACUCGGAGGGGCUGUGGCUAAAAGCCCUGGACGGUACUUGCAGGUCAACAAUUCACUCGAUUUCCUUCCCUCCACUCUCGGGAACUACCCAUGGCACGAACGUCGACCUCGAACUCGACACCCGGCAGUCCGUGAUGGCCAUCAUGUCGUCCGGUCUUCCGAUGCCAAAAAGUCCGUCUAUGCAAUUGGAACAUGCAGCUGCGUACAAAAACGAGCCGACGCAACAGGAAAGAGAGGAACGAGGAUGGUGGUCGCUUCGCUUUCAGCAAGUCCUCCGAGAGAUGCAGAGGCAAGACCAGAACAUUAUUCGGCCUCCAGACGCACGAGGCAAGUAUUCUCUGGCUUGA